AUGGCAGGACCAUCAGUUCAGAAAGUCCAGAAUGGUUCGUCUGGUCUUUCUCUCGGUAACCAGAUGAGCAGCAAUAGUGGUACUAAUGGUGGUAGUGCUCGUGGUGAUAAGAAAAAUACAGGCAUUGAAGUAAUUGAUAAGUCUAAGGAUACGCAUCAUACCUACAAAGUGUUCUAUUACACUGAUACAAUCUUCACCACCGUAACCCGUAGAGCAUCUGUGGUCGAUCAAUGGAUUGCGGAUCUCUACAAGGAUUACGACUUGGGUAAGUUGAAUAAUAUUGUUGUGGGUCUUGAUAUCGAAUGGAGACGAAUAAGACGCGGCUACACCGGUACACGAAACAAAGUUGCUGUGUUGCAAUUGUGUUUGGAUAAACGUUGUCUUAUAUUUCAGUUCGCGCACUGUGAUCAAGUUCCUAAAUCACUCAAGGAUUUUCUUGGUAAUGACAAGUUUAUCUUUGUUGGAUCUGGGGUCGAUGCCGAUGCUUACAAGCUUAUGGUCGAUCACAAUUUGAUGGUUGCUAGAACUGAAGAAGUUGGCAGUUUGGCUGCUUUUAAGACUGGAGAGAGCCGACUUCACAGAGUUGGGUUGAAGAAAUUGGUAAGGGAGUUUCUCCAACAAAAUUUGCCAAUGAGGAGAUGCCUGUUAAUCAACUGGGAGAGGGAUGUAUUAAGAGAUGAACAGAUUGAAUAUGCUUGUUUAGAUGCUUUUGUUUCGUUUAAACUAGGUGUUGAUUUGAUGAGUCGAGCCACACAAGUACGCACUUAUCAGAACAACAAGAACAACAACCGCCAGCCAGAGAUGAAUCUGAAAGAUUCAGACUUUCCUGAACUUCAAAAGGAUGUGGAAUAG